GUUUCCUCCAUGAGUUUGUUAGCGAAACUCUCUGGAUUUUAAGGGGUUUAUAUGUGAAAAACGACAAAACCUAAAGGUGAACCGCUUUUAUUUUCGUAAAUUAAAUAAUUCUUAAUUCGGCUAAAGCUUAACGGAACACGUACGUGUCUGUGUUGAUAGCAGCGUGACUAAAUCACGUGUACUCGAGAGUCUGUGCUUGGAGCUAACGUUAGCUACUGCUGUCGGACAAGACUACAACUUUUAAAAGACGUUGGGAGACACGGUGGUGUCUUUAGUGCAGUUGUUUGAAUGGCAGGCAGCAGGAUGAAGCUGGAGCUGUGCCGGGUGGCUCAGGGAAGGAGUCGGCUGGGUGUUCUGACAGGUCUCGGCAGGACAUCCCAGCAGUCCUUGGACGUGCCAGGUUGUCUUCUGUACACACACUUUGGGACAGUCCCGCAUCUCACACAAGACACACUGCACACCGUGAGCAACCUUCCCGCUGUCACACAGGUCACCCUGUCUCAUAUAGCUGAGCACCAGGAAGUGUUGGAGGAGUUUAAAGAUGGAUUCAGGAAGUUUGCAGGUCUUCAUGAUACUGUGUUGUACUGUUCACUUCAUGAUCCUGCAGUCCUCUGCCCGACAGGUUACACAACUAACAAGACAGUGUCGGUGUGGGGCAGUGGAGGACGGAUGGAAUUGACUGUGGCUAAGUUCAUGGCUCUGCAGAAGACUGUGCAGCCAGACUGGUACCAGAGCAUGGCCGAUGGAGAGACAUGGCAGAGCAACACGUCACGCAAACGUGUUAGAAAGUCUGUGGACCGUACCCUCACACAUUUGGAUGAGUGUCUGCUGGUGCAUCAAAACUCACAGGAGUUGGAGGGAGUGGAGGUGUUCGGGGUGGUGGAGGGAGGAGACAUCCUGGAAGAGAGGGUUCGCUCUGCGAGGGAGACGGCGAAGAGGCCCGUGGCAGGAUUCUGCCUGGAUGGCUUCCAGUCGGGCUCCAUGGACCAGGCCCUGAAGACCCAGCUCAUCAGUGCUGUGAUCAAAGAGCUGCCUGAAGACAAACCCAGGCUGCUGCAGGGCGUAGGACGACCUGAUGAGGUGCUGGCCUGCGUUGAGGCUGGUGUGGACCUGUUUGAAGGUUUCUUCCCAUUCCAGGUGACGGAGCGAGGCUGUGCUCUGUGCUUCGACUUCGACGUCUCCUUGGACCCGGAACGCGCAGGUAGAGCGCCCCAUGCAGUGCUAAAGCUCAAUGAUGACCAGAAGGACACAGUGGGAGAGACUCAACAGAAUGGAGAUCCUUGUCUUGAUCAAACACAGAUGACGUCGUUUGAGAUUAAUCUCAACGACAAGAGGUACCAUGACGACUUCAGGCCCCUGGUAGAGGGGUGUGGCUGCUACUGCUGCAAGAACCACCAGAGGGCAUACCUGCACCACCUGCUAGUGACCAAUGAGCUGCUGGCUGGAGUCCUGCUCAUGAUCCACAACACAGCCCACUACCACGGCUUCUUUGGUGCUCUGAGAGAGGCACUGGCCAGUGAGAAACUGGACGUCCUCAAGAGACAGGUGUUACCUCACUCUUCUUGUCUCUACUCACCAAGCACAAUGGCCAGCAUCUGA